AUGUGUGUGCAGUGCAACAAGCGCGUCUACGAGAUGGAGAAGAUAACUGUCGACACCAUCAUCUACCACAAGGCCUGCUUCCGUUGCGUCGUCUGUGGACGCAUGCUCAGUUUGGGUAACUAUUCAGCCAUGGAUGGGCAAAUGUACUGCAAGACUGAUUUCAUGAAGACAAUCAAGAUGAAAGGUGGAUUGUUUUUUUACCUUCUUUCUUGCAGAUUCUGGUAG